GGUAGAUACACUUCCCAGGCGCCCCGCAUCAACAUGGCGGGCGUCUCUGGCCGGGUGACGCUCGGUCGCGGUUUUCGGUUAUAGCGGGCGGCUGCCGGUUCCUUUUCAGUAAAUUCUUCCCUCUCAGUCCAGGGUGGAGCCAGCAGGGGAGGCAAAGGGGAAAGGUGAGAGGUGACAGCGGCGGGCGAGUGGACAGACCAGCUCGGGAAAGAAGAUGGCUGAGAGCGGUCGGCAGCCUCCUUCAGACUCUUUGGAAGAGACCCCUCCUACUACUCAUAACUUCAUGAUUCCAAAGAAGGAGAUAAAUACAGUUCCUGACAUGGGCAAGUGGAAACGGUCUCAGGCAUAUGCAGAUUACAUUGGUUUCAUCCUCACCUUAAAUGAAGGCGUUAAGGGGAAGAAGUUAACCUGUGAAUACAAAGUCUCUGAGCCCAUUAAUAAGCUUGUCGCUCUCCUCAACACAUUAGACAGAUGGAUUGAUGAGACCCCUCCCAUGGAUCAACCUUCCAGAUUUGGGAACAAAGCCUUCAGGACUUGGUAUGCUAAACUUGACCAGGAGGCAGAAAACCUAGUGGCCACAGUGGUCCCUAGCCAUCUGGCAGCUGCUGUACCUGAGGUGGCCCUUUACCUAAAGGAAUCGGUGGGAAACCCUACUCGAAUUGAUUAUGGCACAGGUCAUGAAGCAGCCUUUGCUGCCUUCCUUUGCUGUCUCUGCAAGAUUGGAGUCCUCAGGGUAGAUGACCAAAUGGCCAUUGUCUUCAAAGUAUUUAAUCGGUACCUUGAGGUCAUGAGGAAACUUCAGAAAACCUACAGGAUGGAGCCAGCUGGAAGCCAAGGAGUGUGGGGUCUAGAUGACUUCCAGUUUUUGCCCUUCAUUUGGGGCAGUUCUCAGCUUAUAGGUACCAGAGAAGACUCUUCCUCCCUCUUCCCCAAACACCCAUACCUGGAGCCUAGGCACUUUGUGGAUGAAAAGGCAGUGAAUGAGAAUCACAAGGACUACAUGUUCCUGGAAUGCAUCCUAUUUAUUACUGAGAUGAAGACCGGCCCCUUUGCUGAGCACUCCAACCAGCUGUGGAACAUCAGUGCUGUACCUUCCUGGUCCAAAGUGAACCAGGGCCUCAUCCGCAUGUAUAAAGCUGAGUGCCUGGAGAAGUUUCCUGUGAUCCAGCACUUUAAGUUUGGUAGCCUGCUGCCCAUCCAACCUGUCACAUCAUCAUAGAAGAGGCGGGGGAACAACCACCCGCUACCCUGGAGGUCACCAGCUCUCUCACCCUGCUCCCUUCGCUUUUCCAAUACCACUUCCCUGCUGAUCUCUCUGGUCCUUGAGGCAAUUCUCCAGGAUAUGUGAAUACCCACAGUGCAAGUGCUGAAGGACCCAGAAUGGGAAGAAUGACCAAAGCGUGGCCAGUCUCCUGCCUUUCUCCCAGAGGCGAAAUGAGGGUAUAUCUCUGGAGAAGCAGGGUCCUUGUGGCUACCUGACCCCCCACCCCGCCUCUGUCCUUACCCCACCCAAAUUCCCAGUCCCACUUUAUGUGCUAAAUUGCUCUGUACCAUCAGAUGUGUGGGGGAUUGAUAUGUUUUACUGUUUCCAUUAACUUUCUUCCUAUUACCUGUUGCCUUUCUGGGUGUUGAGUAGCAGUUGCUUCUAGUAGGGGUAGGAGACCAUAGACCAGUCCCCACCUCAGGGUACUCAUAGGACUGGAGAAUGAGGGAGAUCAGGCGGAAAGAGAAGCCCUGGCUGUUUCUUGGCUAUUUUUUGUGUUUCCUCCCUCCUUUCCAAGCUCUUCUUUUACAAACCAGGUGUUGAUUUCAGGGGCUCAGUUUCCAUACUUGAUCUCCUGAGGCCUGAGAAGCGGGGCUUUGGGCCAGGGACCAGUAAAAAUACAAGACUAGAGGCAAUGCCAAUGUAUCCUGGCUGUGGUGAGGUAAAGAACAAUUACAAUCACACACAUUCUAGCUCUUUUUCUCUGUGGUGCUUAGGUCUGCAUCCUCCCUGGGUAUAGCCAUAUUGCUUUACUUUUUUUUGCUGCUGCUAUGAGACUCUAGGAUAAUCCAGUCCCAUUCUCAGCACUGAUGGUUGUUCUCUGGGUGGGUACUAGGCUUUUGGGAGGUAGGGGCAAAGGCCUCAUUAGAUGAUUAUAUCAGUCCUGUUGUAUGAAAAGUUUCCCUCAGUGAAUGGUAAGUGAGACACACUGGUGGGAUUUGGGGCUGAUCUAGUGGGGAUCUUGGCUCCUGGAUUCUUGCAGUUAAAGCCAGCUUUAAGGUUAGACUCUUACUAUCCUGCUGCUUGCAGCACUGUGCUGGCUGUAGGUAGGCCACUGAAAAAGAGGACUUGUUAUCUCAACUCCCUUUUUCCUCUGGAAAGCAAUUGCAUGCCAGUGGGAUUCUCCCAGGUCCUAGGGCACAAGACAGAGGAGGUAACAAUACCUGCCUUUGGGAAAACUGGUCUUACACUGUUAGAGCCAUUUGAGGGCUGAGAUAAGUGACUUGCUUGAGGGCCAAAUUACAGUACUCUAGCUCUUGGAUAUUUGGGUUCAAGAGUGAGGGUGGUGAACUGGGAUAGGAGUGAUGUUGUCAGCACUUAAGUUCCAAGUUUUCUUCAAUUCAACAAACAUUUAUCGAGCUCUUCCAGAGCUGUUACCAGGAACUGGGUUUUGCAGGUUUUCCCUAUAGAAGCCCCUUCUCCAUUAAGUGUUUCUUCCUCUGCUCUUGAUAUCAGGGUUGUUUUUUCUUUUUAUUUAAAAAAAAAGUUUUAUUUGGCUGCCUGGACCCAUUCCCUCAUCUUCUUUCACACAUCCCCAGGUUCGGGUACCAUUCCUUUUGGGGUAGGGGAACACCUUGACGAGCACAGUGUGUUGAAUUUCCUCUCUGGUCUGUGGUCCCAUUGCCAUGUGGACUGGAUUGUCAUCCAGAUCUGGAUCCACUGAUCCAGAGCAGUCUCAGGGCUUGAGCUGGGGGAGAAGAUACAAGUUAUAUAAAAUUUUCCAAAGGGAAGCCAAAUGUCUUCCACCAGGGCCCCUCAUGGAGUUAGGUAGAUUGUCACCUUCCUGGCCUCUCAUGCAAGGGCCUGCCCUAUGUGCCAACACCACUCCAUUUUGAGGCUGCUUCACCCUAACCCCUUGCUCUUUCAUUGCUGUUCUGAUUAAAAAUCUGUUUUGCACCUGGA